UUCAAUUUGAGAAUCGAGAUGAAAUUGAUGUUGUUUGCGUUUGGAGUCCUUGUGGCUUGCUGCUCAAGUGUAAGCGCCACGUGCAGUCUGCAAUUGCAAGAUCCAGUUCCCAUCGUUGUGAAACACUUUGGCAGCAAGUCUGCAAUUAUUAAAAAAAGCAUCAAUUCCGUGACAUUAGAUCUGAAUGAGACAAUGACGUUCCAUUGUCCGACGGGUUUGUGCAUGCAAAACAGAAACUACAAUAAUGAUUUAACUAAAAUAAAUGCAAUCACGGCGGAAUUUAAAUGCACGAACGAAGGCAUAAAUAUCGACGGGCAUACGAUUGAUAGCAAUGCCUAUGAUACGUACAUCAGGUGCUGCUCCGACUACAGCCAAACGAUCUAUGAGAGCAACUCAAGCCUGCCUGGCUGCGACUCGGAUGCCAUGAGCCUGCUCAUAGGCUACAGUGUACAAGACUUGCAGGAUGUGAAGCUGCUUGGCCUUUGCUACGAACUUGGCGCAUCUCGAGUGCGCUUCGUCAGCUUUCUGGCCUAUGCGCCAAGCAAUCUGCUGCUCGAAUCUCGCAUAGAACACGAGCUAAGUGCGCUGAACUUUGACACCAACAUUGGCAACUUGAUCAAGUACUUCCGCUAUCCCAGCGAGGAUCAGUUUCAGCAGCUGCUCAGAGAGAAUCAGAAACAAUUGGGUGAUCUCUUUAACCCACAGCUCUUUGAGUACAACAGCCUGCUGCAGGAUGAAAAGCAAUCCAAGGAACUUGCCAGCUACAAGGAUAUGCUGAGCAUUGUUUGGCUCAAGCAGUUGCGUGUGGGCAACUGGAUGCACUUCAUCAAUGCGCUGCGUGCCAGCAGCGAUGCCGGUGCGGAACGCUACGAUGUGCGCUUGGGCGUAUCGGGCGUGGCAGCUAUGCCGUCAUCCCCGAACUGCAACAACACGGCCAUGCUGCAGCUGAAGAGUAGCGAUGACCUCUCUCUGCAAAUUCCAGCGCAAAUUUGGGCACAUGUGCGCACGCUGGAGCCGACGGGCGAGCCGAGCGAUGAGUUUGUUGUCGUAGCGCACAACUCUCCCUAUGCAAACAUUGCUGAGCUGAGCUCGUUCUGCGUGGACAUGUGCAAUGAGAUCCCUUGGCUGCGCAACAGUCUCUUUGGCCAGCUGCACUUGCUGCCCAUGUACGGCGUAGUUCACUGCUGUCGCAUCGAUCAGCUGGACAAGCUCACUGACUUUCCAGUCAGCCACUUGCCGCCGCCGCCACCGCCGCUGCCGCUGACAACAACAACAACUGAGCGAACUGCACCGCCCUUGCUAUUGCUGUAAAGUCAAGCAAAAUAAACGCAAUUUUUAUAGCGUCAAUAAAUAAAUAAACAAACAAAGCAGCAAC